AUGUCCUGCGGAAGAGAUAAUUGUACAGCAUCGAACAAAUUCGGAAUCUUUCUGGUUGUUCUGUAUAUUGUUUACUUGUCUAUUGGGGCAGCAGUUUUCCAGGCACUGGAGACGCCGAAAGAGCUGCAAAAAUGCGACGCUGCGAGAAAAAGUGUGCUUGACAAAGUCGACAUGUUAGGAAAUGAGUUUGGAGCUCAAUUACGUCUUAUGGCAGCAGAAAGAGGAGCUAUCGAAGUGAAUUUUGUGCGUUUUGCACUGCCUCUAGAAAUGUCUUGA